AUGGCACCCCUGCUCAAACACGCUGGUCCUCGUCGAUACACCAUCCCCAGCCCCCUAGGUGCAGGUCUCGGGGAAGACGACCUGAUAGUUCUCGUUGAGACGGUUCGGUUGUACCUAGAGUAUGACGGACACCUCCGAGCGGGCACAGCCAGUCAGAACCCUACUCCCUUUGGCUAUAACGACUUCGCGCUGGCAUUUAACAUGCAGCUGGCAGCGGAAGCAGACCCAUCACGUUUCACCAUCGAAGGUACGGAAGGGCCCACCAUCAGCGGCCCAUCCCCCUCCAUCGUAGAGCUUGUCGGGUCUGAUGACCCCGCUCCUACUCCACCCAGGACAACACCACGUCCACCUGAGGGAGGACGUUACCUCACCCCCCAGUGCGCAGAGCUCAUGGAGGAGGCGCUCUGGAUGAACCUCAAAAGCGCCAAGAAAAAAUGCGAGUGGCGAGAGCGUUCCAUAGCCGAGAGGAAGGUCAAGAGAUCUAAAUCAGAGGUUAGCGGACGAGCCAUGGGAGAAAGGACUUACCCUCCCGACAACCAAGCUGGCACCUCGCGCCCAGCCUCCACUACCCCUAAUCUCAGACCUUCCACCCCCCUCGCAUCCAACAAUGAGCAAGGGCAUGCGAUGGAGGUUGAGGAAGACACCCGCCGCACCGGCAAGGGAAAGAAAACUAGCGAGGAAAGGCCGAGGAAGACUCAGAAGUAA